AUGUAUGCCACAUCACGUCUCCAACCAUUUUCUCCCCGCCUGGAUGACCAUCAAUUUGAUUUUGAUCUUGUGGGCGACCUACCAAGGAAUGACCGUGCAAGCGCAAAGAACCGUGCAAAGAUCAUCCGGCAACUUGAGGAGCAGCAUGCGCGGGCAUGGGCAUGCGUCAAGGAGUAUAUGAGCAACAACCUCCGAAUCUUCCCUGGCAAGGCCUCUGAGGCAGUGAGCACCAUCAUGCCGGAGGUCAACACGUGGCUGGAUGAAAGCCUGGCGGAUUUGUGUGUGAGGGAUCCAGAUGAUCAUGGAAUCAUCAUUUGGAUCAACCUUCCUGCUUGUGGCAUCCUCACCGUUCAGAAAACCGAAUGGGUGCUUGGCUAUGUAAGCAACACAUUGCAGAAGUUUCGUCGCAAUGGAAUGGCGAUAAUCAUUCAUGCAAACAGAGCUUCGCAGCUGAACACUGGGACCACUGAUGUAAAGGAGGAAAGAUCCAGCCUCAAGUCAGAGACGAAGAAGGAGGAAAGUGACUCCGAGAACUCAGCUGAAAGCGACCCUGACAUGCAGAACAAGCCGGAGGAUGCUGAAGUCAGGGAUGACACCGUGUAUGGAAAAAGGGAUGGAGUUCUUCCUGGAUUGGCAGUGGUGAGCCGAGCUGACAAGUCCAACCUGUCCAGGAAAAGUGCUGCCUUCAAGACUGGCGUCGUUCAUGGGGUUUCCAUGCUUGGGCGCCAGCACAUGGUGAAACCAGAGGCUUCAUCAUCCAGACCAAACUUGGGACGAGAGAUGACCGACGUGCAGGAGUUGAAGCAGGUGGCAGGUGGGACGGACAUCGUCUCCAAGACCCUUGCUGCUUUUUGCCCCCAGUCAAUGUCAACCAAAGUGGUUAUCGAUAUUGUGGGAUAUGACUUCUGGCCCGCCCCGGCGGUCUUGGAGGAGUAG